AACAGUCCAGAAGCAACCAAAGACAUUCGGCCGUCUAAUUGCUCAUGCACGUUUUGAGCGCCGGGACCAAACUGUCGGGUCCGGAAGAAUAACACCAAGACCCUCCGGGACCAGUAACCGAGACAACGGCUGGACAGCAUCAUGACCCCUUUCCCACGUAUUCACAGUUUACCGCCAGUAUGGAUAUCCGACCCUCAUUAAGCGCCCAAAACGGCUCAACUCGCUUGACCGCUUGCAUUCGAUGAGGUUUGAUUACUGUCGUUGGCCGUCGCCUCCCAGUGACUGGCCGACGAUAACAACAGCAUCCUCGCCGUCUUCGGGGCCAGUUGCUCGCGUUGUCGCUCUUCUCUUCUUGACUUUCUCUAGACUUGCGCAUUGGGCCACCCACCAGAGACACAGUGCCACGAGCUCUCGCAACUCAAAAUGAGGGCACUAACUUUGGCCAUCAUCUCACUCCUCUUCCUUGCCCACUUAUGCUUGGCACAGAAGCAGUGUUACUACCCAAACGGCCAGAUCGCAGUGAACGAUUCACCAUGCGAUCCCGAUGCGGACGAUAGCCCAUGUUGUGCCGGCGGGCAAGGCACCACCUGCUUGUCCAACAAGCUCUGCCGUGGGCCAGACGGGAACACCGUCCGAGGCUCUUGUACAGAUAAGAGAUGGGACUCCCCCGACUGCGCCCUAUUCUGUCUUACGGCCAACACAGGCGGAACCGACCUCAUCUCCUGUGCCAACGUAACCGGCUCCGACACGACCUACUGCUGCGACAACCACCGAGCCUACUGCUGCGACUCGGGCGUCGCCCGCUUCGAAGUCCUCCCCCCCAAGCCCCAAAUCCUCGCCAACUGGGACGACCGCGCCUCCGCCUUCCUCCCGUUCAAACAAACCACCUCCAGCUCCACCUCCUCUAAAUCCACAUCCACAUCCACACGCCCUCCAACCAACUCAUCCACCCCACCCCCCUACCCAACCGCAUCAACCCCCACCAGCAACACCCAACUCCCGGGAACAUCCGCCGACCCGAUCGCGGCCCCCACACUUCCCCUCGCCGCACAAGCAGGCAUCGGAGCCGGCGCGGGGGUCCUGGCCAUCGCGCUCGCGGCCGUGGCAUACCUGGUGUUCAAGCUGCGCAGGAACAAAUGGGCGCUGCAGGCCGAGAAGCAGAGGGAUCAGAGGCUAGGGGGGGAUCAGCAUCGGGGGUUUGGACCCGGGCCUAGGUACAAGUACAAGGCUGAUGGCGGUAUGGGUGGUGUGGGUGGUAACGGGGGUGGUGCGGCGGCGUGGUAUCACCCGCCUGCGUAUGGCGAGCAGCAGCAGCAGCCGUAUCAGGGGGGUGUGGGGCUCGGGGUGGUGCCGCGGCAGGAGCUGGAUGCGUGGCCGAAUGCUGGGUAUGGGCAGCAGCCGCAGGGUCAGGCGCAUGGGCAGGGGUAUGUGGCGAGGUUUGAGCUGCCUUCGACGCCUGGGAGGGGGCCGGGGAGGGCGUUUUAG